UUCAGUGGUGUAUUUCCUCCAGAUUACUGUGCCAGCUGAUAUUCAGGCUAUGAAUUCUUUUUGUGGUAUUUUCAUACCAUGUCCCCAAUGGCAUGGAAGUUUUUAGACACUUUCCGUUCCGUAAUUCAGUUCAUCCUCCACAGGCAGAAGAGAGGUUUAGUGUAUGAAACAAGGACCCAGCUUUGGGCAGACCUUUGAGUUCAACUAGCACAUUCUUUUGUAUGUCUCCUCAAAAAAGACCAAUAGGAUGAGUGGGCUUGGAGGGAGGGACAGCAAGUGACAGUCUCUAAAAAGGAGUUAGGCUAAGAAGAGGAUUAUUGUGGCAGGUAAGAAGUUAAACCUGCCUACAAAAAGAUGAGUCUUCCUAGCAAAAUUGCCUACAAAGCUCUGUCUGGAGGAGAUACUGUUCUUGGAUUUAUUACAGUGCCAAGCUUCUUCCUUUGGUAACAAUACAUGUGUGGUGACAAUAAAUGUUUCCUGAAAUUUCAAAAGGAGUAUAAUCAAAACAAAAGGAAACUUACAUUGUAUGUUUACAGCAUUUUGGCAUAAAAAUAAUUGUAAAUAUUAGUCAGAGUAAGGUGUUUAAAAGUAAAAUGUGGAACUGUUGAAUUCUGAACACCUCAGCAAAAAGGGAAGGUUUGCAUUUUUCCUCCAUAAAAAUUGGCAGGAUCAUUUGCAGGGAUUAUGCACAUGAAGUACACAUUUGUCUGUACUGACUUCAGUUCACUCAACUAGCUGUUAAACUUCAAUAAAAGUACAGACAAGCUUUUCACUAUCUUCUAAGACUGUAUUAGAGUGUCUUCCUGACAGACAGUGGUUUUGCUGCAGAAAACCUUCAGCCCUGCAGUACUUAUGUCCUUUGCAAAGACACCUUGUGUGGUGGUUGUCACAGUGUCACUAGUAGAGUGGCAGCUUUCAAAAUCUUGUGCCUGCAGAGGGAUGCACAGGAGCCUGAUGCACCACAUCUUGCCUUUUUCAUCAUCUUGUGAUGCUGAACUUCCUCUGUCUCUGCAGGUCCCUUGCAAUCAUGGUGAAGUCUAGAAGAGUGCAGUUGCUCCUGAUUCUGGUAGUUCUGUCCUUCCUUCUUAUCCACUUCCUACCCUGCAGCAACGAUGCCCAUAUGGAAGGAAAACCUUCUCCUGUCCACAUCCUCAUUCUCUCCUCCUGGCGGUCAGGAUCCUCCUUCACUGGACAAAUCUUCAGCCAGCAUCCCAGUGUCUUCUACCUGAUGGAGCCUGCAUGGCACGUGUGGGUUAAGAUGUACCAGAGCAGUGCCAAAGUCUUACACAUGGCAGUGCGGGACUUAGUCAGGUCGGUCUUUCUGUGUGACAUGUCUGUGUUUGAUGCUUACAUGUCUAGCCAGAAGAAAAAGUCUGAUUUAUUUCAGUGGGAGACAAGCCGAGCCUUGUGCUCCCCACCUGCCUGUGACUCAUUCCGUCGCAGUGACAUAAUCACUGCAGACAAUUGCAAAACCAUCUGUGGCAAGUACCCAUUCAGCAAGGUGGAGGAAGCUUGUAAAACCUAUAGCCACGUUGCCAUCAAGGAAGUUAGGUUCUUUGACCUGAAAGUUCUCUAUCCCCUUCUCACCGAUCCAUCCCUGAACCUCAAAAUAAUUCACUUGGUACGUGAUCCUCGGGCUGUGUUCAGGUCCCGAGAGAAUACAGUGCAAGAACUGAAACACGACAGUAACAUUGUUGUGGGGUUUCAGAAGGCAAAGGGAGAAAUGGGGCCCUACAACACAAUGCAGGUAAUCUGCAAAAGCCACGUUGAGAUAUACAAGGCAGGAAGUCAGGCUGCUCCAAGCUUCCUGAAAGACCGGUAUCUGCUGGUUCGCUAUGAAGACAUUGUCAGAGACCCUCUAGCAAGGGCUGCUGAGAUGUACAGGUUUGCAGAACUCCAUUUCACACCAGAGCUUCAGAAGUGGGUCCACAACAUCACCCAUGGAAAAGGUGAUGGAGCACGGGCCUUUGAUAUUGGGUCAAGAGAUGCACUGAGAGUAUCCCAGGCCUGGAGAAACGCACUUCCCUUCCAGAAAAUAGAAAAAGUGCAAAAUGUGUGCAAAGAUGCAAUGGAUUUGCUGGGCUACCGGCUUGUUCAGACUGAAGAAGAGCAGAAAAAUAUGUCUCUGGAUCUUUUGUUUGCCCAGAACUCCUCUGAGUAUCAAAUUUUGAAGGCAGAAAAGCUGGUCUCUUAAUCUACUUUCUGAAGGCUGCAGAGUGCUGAACUAUUCACUAGAGCCAAGGAGGACAGAGGUGCAGGCAUAGAGGUGUAGGAGCGUGCGUGGAUGCAAGAACAACUGAUACAAGAACCCUGACUACAUUCGGGAGAGCUCUCAGCAGCACAGGGUCACUCUCCAAAACCCCUGGAGAGACAGCCACAAUGGAGGUUAAAAUAAUGCAAGUUUGUUUUCCAAAUUAAUUAUGUUUAGGUUGGAGCGCACAGAAUGCCAAAGGAGUAGGACCAAAUGGCAGAAGCUCAAACCCACCACAGACCACAGCUGAAGACUAGAGAAACCACAUGGAGCAAUUGCACUGCCAAGGAGGAGGAAAAAUAAAAGGAAGCUGAAUAAAGAAAACAUUGCUUGACAUGCUGCCAUGCAGGAUAUGUAGUGCCAGAAAAGAUGCAAGGAUGACCAGACAUUUGAUUUCUGGAAAGACGUUGAGCUUUGUUUUGAUUUUGUGUUGGUUUUUUUGUUUUGUGGGUUUUAGUUGUUUUUGUGGUGUUUGUUUUUUUUGUUUUUUUUUUUUAAUGGUUGCAUUUUCAAGUCCAGUUUUCCUUUUGCUCCAUUUGUGUGCCUGAGUAUCCAGCCUUGGUGGCAAAGGUGGGGAAAUGUUUGUGUUCACUUACUGUAUUAUGGGAAAAUGGAAUAAACCAGCUAAUGCUGAAAAUAAAAACUCCUGGGUUUUCAUGUGGGAAACUAUUUCUGUGAUUAUGUGAAUCCAUUUAUUUUUUUAGUUGAAAUAAUUC